AUGAAGGGCUUAGGAGAUAACAGAAGCCGCCACCUUUCUGAUAACCUGGACUCUCCUCAAGACUCUCUUUAUGCCCCCCAGGACAGGAACCCUUACCUCCUCAGCCCCACUGACUCCUUCACCAUGGACCCCCGAUUCCCAGCCCAGAAUACCCUUCAUGGCGACUGUCUCCUUCCACUCAACAACCAGAUCUCCAACAGCAGCACUUUCCCCCGCAUCCAUUACAACUCUCACUUCGAGGUCCCAGAUGACAACCCUUUUCCGAGCCAUGCCCAAGCCACUAAAAUCAACCGCCUGCCUGCAAACCUCCUUGACCAGUUUGAGAAGCAGCUGCCUAUCCACAGAGACGGCUUCAGCACCCUCCAGUUUCAGAGGAGUGAUGCAAAGCACCGGAGCGAGAGCCCUGGGCGGAUCCGGCACCUCGUCCACUCUGUCCAGAAGCUGUUUGCCAAGUCCCAGUCUCUGGAGGGCCCCACCAAAGGCAACGUGAAUGGCAAGAAGGGUGCAGAUGACCCCAAGCAAAACCGGAGGAGCAAGAGCAAAGACCGAGCAAAGACCUCCGAGCCCAAGCGCAGGACCAGAUCCAACAUAUCAGGCUGGUGGAGCUCAGAUGACAACUUAGACAGCGAUACCUGCAGUUACCGCAACCCAAUGGGCCUCAUGACGCUGGGCCGGCAGCCGGACCACAGCCAGCCAAAGUAUUUCAUGCAUGCUUACAAUACCAUCAGCGAGCACAUGCUGAAAUCCUCCAAGAGCAAUAACGACCUCAAGGUCACCCCUUGCACCAAUAUCCCCAUCAACAAUGACUCCAACUACAUUAAGAGGGGCUCCUGGUCCACACUGACACUCAGCCAUGCCCGUGAAGUGUGCCAGAAGGCCUCCGCCACGAUCGACAAAGCCUUGCUGAAAUCCAAGUCCUGCCAUCAAGACUUGGCCUACCACUACCUGCAGGUGCCUCAGGGGGAGUGGAACAACACGCUGUCUCGGGACAAAGACAGUGAGAUCCCGUGCCGGCGCAUGCGGAGCGGGAGUUACAUCAAAGCCAUGGGGGAUGAUGACAGUGAAGACUCAGAAACCAGCCCCAAACCAUCCCCGAAAACUGCAGCUCGGAGGCAGAGUUACCUCAAGGCCACCCAACAGUCCCUGAGUGAGCAGAGCACCACACAAAGGAGCCUGGACCGCCUGGACUCUGUCGAGAUCCUCCUACCUCCGAAGUUCCCAACCUGGGAGGAAGAAUACAACCAGAUCUCUGACAGCAUCAACGAGUCCAGUUGCAUCACCCAGAUCUUUGGACCCCCCUCACUUAUCCCUCAGAUAUUUACCCAUGGAGAGCAGGCGCCAGAGCCGGAGCUGGGGGAGCAGUACGAGGCAGUCUGCGACUCU